AUGAAAUUAAUUACACAGCAGAAGAAAGAGUGCAGUUGCCACAUUAGAGCAGUUCUUCUGAGUGCACCUCCAGUACUUGAACAAUUAUUAUCAUUAUUUGAAGAGAAUCCGGUUUUGAAUUUAUAUGAAAAUAAUACAACAGAAGAUGGAAGUGAUGCAACAGAAGAACUUAGUGGGGAUAAAGUUCAUCCAGGUUUCGCGCAUUUUGCCACGUAUAAUCCAAAACUUGAAGGUGCCAAUAAACUUUCAACGGCAUUAACAAAUCGUGUUCUCUGUAUAUCUGGCGAUGCCCUAGACAAUGAUGGUGCAUAUGAUGUGAAGGUGGAUAAAAGAAAUGGUGACAAUAAAGUAAAUAAAUUUGAUCCAAAAAAAACAAAUGUCUAUAAAAUAUUGUUGAAUCAAUUCGUUGGUGUUUAUGGUGGUCAUGAACUUGUAUCUUAUUGUUUGCUCUGUCAUGUUGAUGCUAAAACUAUGCUACAAAGAGAAGAAAUACACACAAUAAAAGGUUUUUAA